CUGCAUGACCGUUUAUUCAUAACCAUCUUUGCAUUGCAGAUCACUGCCUGCGGCCGUCCCUUCGGCUAGACCUGCAGAUAGCCAACGGGCUAUAAAAGCUCAGGAGGUCCUGCAGGUGUUUCUUCCGACGGUCCACCUGCCCUCAACCCGCCACACUCAGUGUGCAGUCUGCCACGCUCACGAACAUGCAGUCCUUGCUACUCUUCACGCUCUUUUUCACUACCGCUUUCGCCGCGCCCUUCCGCCCAGUGAAGGCGCCUCGCGUCUCGCACACCCCGGGUGGCGGCGUCAGCCCCCGCGCCGACAACAGCACAGCGGACGCGCUCACUACGCAGCUCCUCGCGAUGGCUCCCAACACCAACUCAUGCGUCGGCGCCAAGUACCCCGACGAGUGCCGCGUCGCCUCGCAGGCCGCGCAGCCUAUCCUCGACUCCUUCGCCACCUACGCGCUCAACAACACGAACGAGCAGGCGGCCGUCAUUUCCCUCAUGCUCUACGAGAGCGGCGAGUUCAAGUACAACUGGGGCCACUUCGUCGCGGGCGAGACCGUGCACACGCCGGGGAAGGGCACGCGGAACAUGCAGUCCGCGACGUACAACGAGAUGUACGCGCGGGAGCUGUUUGGUGACAACAAGGUCAACACCGCGAAUUCGACUGGUGGCGCGGAUGGGAUCCUCGAGCUUGUGAGCCCGGAUGGGCCGAGCUUCGCGUCGGCGGCGUGGUUCCUCACGAGCCAGUGCGACGAAACGGUGCGCGAGGGGGUGCAGUCGGGUACCCAGGACGGCUGGUCGGUGUACAUCACGGACUGCAUCGGUACCACGGUCGACCAAGGAAGAAUCGAUUACUGGAACAAAGCCAAGGAGGCUUUGGGCGCCCAAUAAACUGUCGGUCGUUAUUUUAUUUUCUGAGGUGCUCUGGAGGGUUUGUCGAGUGGUGGAGGAUUGAUAUCUAUAUAAUGUAAUCAGCAUCAUAAUUCAGUCUGUGUGCACAGAGCAUGCCGGCGAAGCUAGGUCUGGCCUU